AUGUUUCCUAUUUACCUUUGCAUUGCUUCUUGCUUUUCAUAUAUCGGGCUUGGAGAAGAGCAAUGUGAUUUCAAAUGUUGGAUUCGAAAACUCAAUAUUUCUAUUGAUGGAUUUAGUACAGAAACGUCAUUUUUAGGUAUUAAAUACGAGAUAGAUAUUAACAAUAUUAAAGUAUAUGGAAUGGAUUUGAGCUAUCUUGAUAGUGAAUUCUAUCCAGAUCCGCAUAUUGUACAAAAUGGGCUCGAGUUCGAGUUUGAUUUACAAGCCUCAUCGGAUUUUACAUUAGUGAUUAGCACAGGAAGUACCAAACUUGUUAAUGCUGCAAUCCAUGCAACAAUUACAGAAGUUGAUGCUCAAAUUGGUUUAGAUUUUAUAAAGGAUGAGUUUGGUUUAAUCAAAGCUGUCAUUUCUCCUGAAGACAGAUGUUCCAUAAAAAUGAAUUCAAUCAAACUUGAGGCGCAUUUCUCAUCUGCGAUCGAACAAAAGAUUUUUGAUUUAUUAGAUGGCUUUAUUGAGAAUCAAUUAAAGCAAAGAAUAGGACCAAUAGUGUGUACCCAAACACAUGAUCUAAUAGGAACUGAAAUUACUCAAGCAUUUGAAUCCGCAAACAAGAUAAUUCGUCCUUACUUAAAUGGAACGUCACCUAUUGUAAUACCCAUUGAUCCAGAUAUGUCUGAUCUUAGGAAAUCGGAUAUUGUUGAUGUUCUCAGACUUGUACUUACAAAUUUCACUGGUACGAAUGGUCCUCUAAAUCUCAAUGCCCUAGUAAACAGAUUUACUAACGGAAUGGGAAAAAUUAAUCUUGCACAAAUCUUGAAUUAUUUCAAUUCCACCAAACCUUUAGAGAUAUCUGCACCGAUUCCAAACCUUAAUACAACCCUCAACCUUACGUUGCUUGACCUCAACCUCUCAGGCUUAAACACUUGGCAAGAUUUUACAAUUCUUGAGCCAGAAAGUGAAUAUAUAUUAGACACUCAUACUGGAAUGGAUGCUUUAGGUAUCAACUUAACAUUUAUGAUUAAUGUUUCAUUUAACGGCACAACAAUCUCCACCGGCGAUUCUUAUCUCUCAGAAAUUGGAGAUCUAGACCUUUAUAUCACUAAGAACAAGAUGAUGAUGAAAGCUCAGAUUGCCCACAAAAAAGACUAUGGCCUGAAUUGGACCGAUCCACAAUGCAUCAACCUAGGUUGUAUCGAAUCACUUCUUUCUCCGCAUGGAACAGGCCUCACUUACCUCUUCUUUAACACAUCUAUUGAUAGCCUAUCUAUUGAAGCUGGUACUGGUGAUAUGGAGGCAGAAAUUCGCAAAUUCAUAAACAAUAUUGUUAAGUUCUUUGUUGACAACUACAGGCCGAUUCUUCCUACAUUUGUCACGUCUUUUGUCAACAGUUACGGUACAUCCAAGCUGAAUGCACUUAUCACAGAGGAACUCUCAAAAGCCGACUGUAAGUAUAUUGCUGAGGAUCCAUAUAAAGAUUUUGUUCUUUGGACAACAGUUACAGCUGCAUCAGGUGCACUCGCCAUCUCUCUCAUCAUUUUCCUGAUUAUGAGGCCAAGCCUUCAGAAGAAGACUGAGUUAGAAUCCAAGAUUAAGUCGCUCGAGUCAUUGAACUCCCUAUCCAAGAUAACUGAAGAAGGUUCCAUCAAAGGCUGUUGGGGAAAGUUCCUCAGGACAGACGACCAGAGCUCCCUUUUAAUGACAAGUAAGCUUUCAUCAACAACAAGGAUAUUGAUGCCUCUCCUGGUUCUCCUCAACAUUGCUGUAUUCAUAUCAUCAAAUACGGGCAUUGGUGCUUCUGUUUUCUGUAAAUUUAUGAUUGGAACCGACAAGCUUGUUUCCCUUCCAUCAAUUGAAGAUUUCUCGCUUAUCAACUCAAUUAAGGAGAUGUGGGAGGCGAAGACGUACUUCCUCUCUGUCCUUAUUGCCGUCAUGUCUUGUGCAUGGCCUUAUAUGAAACUGUUGAUGAUGCUUGGAUGCUGGUGCCUCCCGUCCCCGGCUAUGAAACCUGAGAGAAGAGAGAAGUGGCUAAGAUUCUUGGAUGCACUUGGCAAGUGGAGUUUGGUUGACUCUUUUGUCAUGGUGUUGAUGCUCAUUGCAUUUAAUUUCGAUCUCUACUUCCCUAUUAUAUCAGGAAUGAUCGAUUCUCCUUUCUCCAUCCAUCUCUGGGUCUACCCAGCCUACGGAUUUCUCACACUGAUGCUAGGUACUGUCAUCUCUCUUGCCCUUUCCCAUGUCAUGUUAGCGCUUGAGAGAAAAGUUGACUCUCCUGAAGAAAAGAUUGAAACAGAAAGUCUGAAAGAAAAGAACUCCCUCGCUAAAUACGUUAGUAACAAGUUCUAUAAGGUCAUCCCAGUCAUAUUGAUUUUGAUCAGCGGAGGAUUACUUGGUAUUGGCUUAGUUUCUAUUUCUUUCUCUUUCAACUUCGUAGGAUUGGCUGGAUAUGCACUCAAUUUACUCGAUACCCCUCAUGAAAAGCAUUACUCCGUAAUUGACUUGGCUCUGAAGCUUCCUGAUGCAGCCCAAUACCCAAACUCGUUCACAAUUAGAUUCACUCAGGCCCUCUACAUUGUGAUCGCUAUCAUAAUGCCUAUAAUGCACGUUGUGACUCUAUUCAUUAUGUGGGUGAUCCCAAUGACGUAUAGAGCACAGAAGAGGAUAUAUGUUGCAGCAGAAGUUAUGUACGCUUGGGCUUGCUUAGAUGUUUUCAUCAUUUCUAUUUUAGCUGCAGUUCUGGAAAUUUCUCAAUUUGCAAGGUUUAUGGUCGGAGAUAAAUGCGAUCAAAUUGAUCCGAUUAUAAAGAUGUUCUUCGCAAAUGAGCCAUUAAUAAACGGUCAUGAAACUUGUUUCGAUGUUGUUACUACCUUGAAUGAAGGCUCUUGGUAUCUUUUCUCUGCAGCAGUUGCGCAUACAAUCGCAACACUGUUGGUGAAUUUCUUCGCGAGAAAAGCUCUCGAUGAAAGAAAAGGAAAAGCUCAAUAUCAAUCUAUUGUUUAA